UUUAGAUAAACACACAUGCAAACACACAGAGAUAUGUACUAUCUGUGUAUUUUUCACUGUAAAUUCAAAGAGACAGGACACUAAAUUGCUAAAUUUAAUCACCAUAAGAAAUACAGUCCGGCCUUUUUGAUCACUGUAACAUUUAUAAACUGUUUCAUGUAUUUUCUUUGAUCUGGAGUAACACCAAGAAUUCACACAGAAGCAAAUGGUCGGAAUGGAAUUGACGGCAGAAUUGUUCAUGACCCUGUCUAUGGUGUGUUUCUGUGUUGGCAGCAAAGUUUCAGUGCUGUCCUCCUGGCACAUGGAUAUUUUCAUUGGAGCUGUGCAGCAGACUGAAGAUUCGAACCCAGGACUGGAGCCACUGGCUGUGGUGAGGAGUCUGCGCAGGACAGCGCGCUAUGAAGACGCUUUCGUCCGGCACUUCCUGGGGGAAAUAAGUAGCACUGACGAAGAGGCGCCUGUGCUAGAUUAUGAGCUCUCUGAAUUUUUUGCCAGAGCAAUUCACCACAGGGUAACAGACAGUGGCAAGGAGGAGGGGGUGUUUCUCACCCCUGAUGGCACAACAGUCGCCAUAGCCCCACUUCUGCUGGGUAUUGAAGCUGGACUGUUAGUGGCAAGCGGGUCAAGUGUCCCCCUUUUUGGCUUGUACCCUCUCACCUUGGCUAAAAACCUAGGUCUGUCUUUUUUGCAUUUUUACAGCUCUUUAACCUCUGAAAAUCUAGGCCCAGAUGGCUGCUGGGAUAACGUGACCUCACCAAGAGUAUUCACCCUGUCUGGGCCACCUUCUCUGGUCACCGAUGCAUGGAUCAAUGGGGGCAUGGAUGGGGUGAUUCUGGGGAGCCAUCUUUCUGGUCUUGCUCAACAUCCCCUUAGGCUAAGCAGUGCGCUAAAAAAGUACUACCGCCACCAUCUAGAGGAGCUGGGGCUGGACGCUGCUCCCCGGUUCAUUAGCGUUCUGCGCAGGGAGAACUUCAGGGAGCUGGUCAAUGCCUCACUCCUGCAGACUCAGGUCCUGGGUUCUCUGAAUGUCUACUGGAGACUGCGGGCAGAAACAGAGGUUGUGCAGGAGACGGCACUGGAGAAGAUGGUGCGUGAGGGGGUGCAGGAGUUUAUCCACAGGUACAUAGAGUGUCCAGCGAUCAUCCCACGGUGUCAGUGGAGGGCGAAGCCUUAUCGGGGCACGCCCACCCGGCUGGACCUCCCCCUCACUUCCAUGUUCAUCCAUCACACCUACCAUCCUAAGCCCUGCCACACCUUCCAGCAGUGCGCUGCAUGCAUGAGGGCCAUGCAGAGCUUCCACCAGGACGUCCGCGGCUGGGACGACAUCGGAUACAGUUUUGUGGCGGGCUCUGAUGGGUACCUCUACGAGGGGCGCGGCUGGCAGUGGCGAGGGGCACACACCAGGGGCCACAACUCUAGGGGCUACGGGGUCGCCUUCGUGGGCAACUACACAGCCACGCUGCCUGCUCAGCGCUCCCUGGAGCUGGUGUGGGGUCGCCUGGCCUCAUGCGGCGUGAGUGGAGGGCGACUGGUGGGCAAUUUCACCAUGUAUGGGCACAGGCAGCUGGUGAACACGACGUGCCCCGGCGAUGCCCUCUAUGCAGAGAUCAAAGGAUGGCAACAUUUCAGGGAAAUUCCUUCAAAACAGUAACAGGGAAAAAAGCCAAUCCGACCAGGAGUGGAUAUUAUCACAGA